ACAGACAACUGACCUUGACUUCUGUUUAUUUUUCAUUUUUUAACCUUAAAUGGAAAAUAAAUAUAACUAAAGACAAGGUUGGUUGCCUGUCUUUUCUAGUAUGCGGUUUUUAAACUUGUUUUUGGACACUAGUUGUUCCUACCUAAACCAGCACCCGGACCUAGAUGCACAGGGUUUUCUCAUAUAUAUACCGGGAAACACUGUAUUAGCGGAAUAAUCCAGCUUUUCAUUCUUUCACAGUCUUGUUAUGUUUUAAUCUCCCUUUGUUGUUAUUACAACUGAAUCAGUAAUCCUUUUACAACAGGCUAUACUUUCUACAUCAUUUGUCCUGGAAAUAUCUGGACAAGUUUGAAUGUUGUGUGUUACAUGAGACUCACAAUAAUCCCAUACCUAAACUAACACUUUACAUGUUUAAUUACCAAACCCCUGUUGGAGGACGAUUGAUAGUAGGGAGAUGCCACGCAAUGCAGAUUCAGUUCCUAAGCUUUGAUUUCUGAGAAGAAUCAAACUUUUAGGGUAAUGACUAUUAAAGUUCUAAGUUCAGUCCAGUCCCUGCGAUGAAGGUCAGAAGUGUAGUGAUAUUUCUGAGUGUAGAAGUGGGCUCUGAGGGGUGGGCUCCACCCCUGCUCUCCCCACUCUCCUUGCGCCCCGGCAAUCAUCCUGCCUGACCGUCAUCACAUCCUUUGUCUCUCUGUGAGACACUCCAUGCCCAUCUUCCUUCCCUCCAUUUCUGCUCUCUGUCCUUUCCCAGUCACUCCUCUAAAGAGUCUUUAGUGACUUGACGGUAUCUAUUGUAGAUAAGAACACAUUUUCUAUGCUUUUAAUUGCCUUCUUUGUUCACCAAUGAAUUCCUCACACACUCUGCCUCUUCUCCCUCUCUUCCUUCCUCCCUCUGUCUCUCCUUCUCCCACCAUCCCUGUCCUCCUUCUCCCCCUCUAUCCUCCCUCCAUACUCCUAAUUUUCCCUUCAAUCUCCCCUCUCUCUCACUCACACACUUUCCCUUCCUCUCGCCUUGCUCUCCUCCUCUCAGUGCUGAUGACCAGUUCGCCAGCUCCAUGGAGACCAAUGUGGUGAUCCGUAACGAUGGACAGAUCAUGUGGGACCAGCCGGCCAUCACUAAGAGCUCGUGCUCAGUGGAUGUGUCCUUCUUCCCGUUCGAUGCCCAGCAGUGUCGCCUAACCUUCGGCUCCUGGACACACAACGGCAACCAGAUGGACCUGGUCAACGCCCUGGACAGUGCUGACCUGGCCGACUUCGUGGCCAAUGUAGAGUGGGAGGUUCUGGGCAUGCCAGCCAAGAAGAACGUGAUCCUGUACGGCUGCUGCUCAGACCCCUACCCAGACAUCACCUACACCCUGCACCUGAAACGCAGGGCCUCCUUCUACAUCUUUAACCUGCUCAUCCCCUGUAUGAUGAUCUCCUUCCUGGCCCCGUUGGGCUUCUACCUGCCAGCUGACUCUGGGGAGAAAGUGUCCCUGGGGGUCACCGUGCUGCUGGCACUGACCGUGUUCCAGCUGCUAGUGGCAGAGAGCAUGCCACCCUCGGAGAACGUACCACUCAUAGGCAAGUACUACAUUGCUACCAUGACGAUGAUCACUGCGUCGACCGCCCUGACCAUCUUCAUCAUGAACAUCCAUCACUGUGGUCCGGAGGCGCGUCCCGUCCCUGAGUGGGCCCGCCGCUUCAUCCUGCACUACCUGGCACGGAUCUGCUUUGUCUAUGAGGUGGGAGAGAACUGCUUCACCGGCAUCCCCAAGAAACGGGCCCCGCCCGAGCUCCCACCUGACCACAAUAUCAACCCCCAAACCAGAAGUACCAACUGGGAUGUGAAUGGGGAGUCCUUGGGAGGGAGGGGUGGAGAGGAAGGGGUUGGGGUGGGUGUAAAAACACAGAAAGAGGAGGGGGAUAGACUGGAUGUGAAAAGAGGCUCAUACCAAACGUUUGAGCCCAGUUGGUGGAAAGACGACCUGUUUGUGAGUAUAGAUGCUGGAGAGGAGGAGGAGGGAGCAGCAGGAGGUGAGAAAGAAGGAGGAGGAGAGGCAGAAAGAGAGAAGGGUUUCAGAGGAGAAAGUGUGUGCAUGGGCGGAGCAGUGGCGGCAGAAAGAGGCAAAGGCGGAGGAGGAGAGAGAGGCUGUGUGGGAGGAGGUGGAGAAAGAAGGAAAGGAUCAUUAGGAGGCGCAGAGGCUAGGGUUAGGAGAGAGGUGGUGGUGAGGGCCCAGUGUGUGUGUCAGCACCAAGCACUAUGCAGGAACAUCGAGUACAUUGCCAGCUGCUACCACGACCAGCGCUCUACCCAGAGACGUACGGGUGAGUGGAGGAAAGUGGCCAAGGUUAUGGACCGACUCUUCAUGUGGCUCUUCUUCAUCAUGGUCUUCCUCAUGAGCCUCCUCAUCAUGGGCAAGGCUGUCUGAGCACGUGCAGAGAGAAAAGGGAGAAGGCUCCGGGUACAAGUUACCCUUAGGCACAGAUCUAGGAUCAGAUCAUACCCUUCCCAAAUACUGACCUUAACCAUUAAGGGGGAUCCCAAACAGACCUUAGCUCAGUUUCUAAUGGCAACCUUAUCCUACUCCGAGGGGCAGUAGCGGCCAACUAAACCAUUCACAAGUUUACCACAGGAGAUACUGUAUGUGGAAAUGUGUUUUUGUACCUAGUAUACUAGCUGUUUAUGUUCCAAGGCUGUGACGAAGAGGAUUAAUUGGAGGAUAAUCUCUUGAUACAGUGGUGGGGAACUUGGCAGUUUCUCUGUAUCGCCACCAUACAUAUGUUUUCUACGUGGAUCUAAAGUAUUUGUAGAGGAGACAGGAACACACUUAAUCUGUGGAAUGGAGCCAAAGCAAAUCUUCUGCCACCCUGAGACUGUUAUACACACAUACACACAUGCAAACAGUCAAUCAAUUAAAUGUAUAUAUAAAGCCCUGUUUACAUCAGCAUUUGUCACAAAGUGGUCAUACAGAAACCCAGCCUGAGACUCCAAAGAGCAAGCAAUGCAGUGGUAGAAGCACGGUGUCUAGGUAAAACUACCUAGAAAGGCAAGAACCUAGGAAGAA